CUGGAAAGGAAGCAUGAAGAAGAUGCUUCGUGCGUUUGAAGAACCAGGAGCUCACAGUUCAAGCUGCUUGGUUGGGCCAGAACACUUGGCAGCAUACCGAAAGAACGAAAAAAGCCAGGAUCCUCUUUGAAAGGGUCACAAAACCAAAACCAUCAACCAAAACCAAAAACCAAUAGAAAAGAAAACAACCAGCAGCAACAGCAUACUAGUAGCAGCCCGCAAAGGAAGCAGAAAACUCUUGAAACCAUGUCAACAAUAUCUACAAACGCAAAGCAAGAAGGUACGGAACAGCCGGUCAAGGACGUCGAAAUGGGGAAGACUGUGGAUGAAGAAGAAACAGUCCCUCUUCUUCCAACAGAUCCUGAUACUGGUCUGACAUCCGAGCAGGUGGAAGCAGCACUUGAGAAAUGGGGUCCCAAUGAUAUCCCAGUGCCAGAAAGUCCUCUCUACAUGCUUUUUCUUCGGCAGUUUACUGGGUUUCUACCACUGCUGAUUGAAAUUGCCGCCAUAGUGUCUCUGGCAGCCCAAGAUUUUGUCGAUUUUGCCAUUAUUUUGGGUAUCUUGCUCAUCAAUGCCAUUCUGGGAUUCCGUGAAGAGUAUCAUGCCAAAAAGUCAUUGGAUGAAGUCAGUGGAUCUCUGACCAGUGAGAUUGCAGUCCGACGUGAUGGAAAAACAAAAACUGUCGUUACUACCGAAUUGGUACCAGGCGAUAUCUGUCUUCUAGUGGGAGGUGCCGUGGUUCCAGCAGAUGUCAAGUGGCUCAAAGGAGAUGUCAUGUCCAUUGAUACUGCUGCCCUUACAGGAGAACCUCUUCCACGCAAAUACCCUUCCGAUGAAUAUGGCUACACGUUGCUCUCGGGAACCACAGUCAAGGCGGGGGAAUGUUACGUACAAGUCAUGGCCACUGCCGCCAACACUGAGAUUGGACAAGCCCAAGCUGACAUUCUCAAGGACAAAUCCAUCCGUGUCGUUUCUGUCUUUCAAGCCAAGAUUAUGAUGGUCGUGCAAGCCCUUGUCAGUUUCAGUUUGGCCAUUGUCAUUGCUGUCUUGUUGGUCGACGGACUUUACUAUGGUGGCUUUGACAAGAGUGUUCGAAAUACGCUUCUCAAUGCCCUUAGUAUCAUGAUUGCCGCCAUCCCAGUCGCCUUGCCUCUUGUCUUGCAAGUCAACUUGGCAUUGGGAGCAUCCUUCUUGGCCAAGGAACACAAUGCCAUUGUCACCAGUAUCCCCGCACUCCAAGACAUUGCAUCCAUGAGCAUUUUGUGUUCGGAUAAGACAGGGACCCUGACAACUGCCAACAUGUCCAUCAUUUCCGACCGUAUCUUCCCUGUGGGAGAUUUCAAAGACACUGACGUCAUUGUCUAUGGAUACCUUUGCUCCAACCCUGACAAGAAGGAGGAUCCCAUUGAUCGUGCCGUUGUCAGCGCAUACGAACGCAGUCUACAAGCCCAGGAAAAGUGUGCCGAUUUCACUCAGGAUCAAAUCAUUGGAUUCAAUCCUGAAGUCAAGCGCACCGUUUCGUUUGUCACCAAGGGGAACAAAAAAUACACUAUUGCCAAAGGUUUGCCUGCCAAGAUCAUUGACACUACAGCAGGUGGUGUUGACAACCAUGAGAUCCAAUGGAAGGUUGAAGGUUACAAUGACAAAAAAUUCCUCGAAAAGAUUCAUGAGACCGACCAGGGAUUGAGUAAGGCUGGAUACAAGACUAUUGCUGUUGCCAUGUGCGAAGGAGAUGCGCGCAAUGACGAUGAAGAUCACCACUGGCUCUUUGUUGGCCUCAUGCCCAUGUUGGAUCCUCCUCGUGAAGAUACUGCCAACACCAUCGAGUCCCUCCACCAAGCAAACAUUAGUGUGAAAAUGAUUACCGGAGAUCACGUCAAUGUUGGAAAGGAGACCGCCCGUCUCAUCGGCUUGGGUACCAACAUCCAAGCUGGACAAGAUAUUCGAGAUGCCAACAGCCAAGAAACCAAGAAUCAGCUCAUCUGGGACGCCGAUGGAUUUGCCUCUGUCUUGCCCAGUGACAAACGUGAAGUCGUCCUCACACUUCGCAACACAUUUGGAUUGGUCACAGGAAUGACGGGAGACGGAGUCAACGAUGCCCCGGCUCUCAGUGCUGCACAAGUUGGUAUUGCCGUGGAAGGUGCCACUGAUGCUGCCAAGAAUGCUGCCGACUUGAUCCUCACCGAACCUGGUCUCAGUCCUAUCUAUGGAGCUGUCCUCGAAUCUCGUCGUAUCUUUGCUCGCAUCAAGGCCUACGUCGUUUACAGAGUUGCCGCAUCCGCUAUCCUGGUCCUGAAUCUCUCCAUCAUCAUGUUUGCCACUGGCUGUGCUGUGGAUUCCUUGCUGGUCAUCAUUCUCGCCCUCCUCAAUGAUAUCAGUAUGAUUCCCGUGGCGUAUGACAAUGCCAAGGCUACCAGGCAUCCUCAGCUACCUGAUGCCUCAAAGUUGGUCUUGUCUUCGCUUUACUAUUCCUUUAUGCACACUGGGAUUGGUCUCAUUUUCAUCUUCGUCCUUGGACAUACCGACAUCCUCACGCACCCCAUUGACCUGACCAACACCUGCAAUGACGAGACCCAAGGAUUCAUCUGGCUCUACUUGGUCUUGGUGACAGAAUUUGCCAUCUUUUCGGUUCGAGCACCCAGGUUCUUCUGGCAAUCAAUGCCUUCUCCUCUCUUGAUUGCCUCUGUCUUGCUCACUUGCGCCAUUGGCACUAUUAUUGCAGUUGUGGUCAAGGGAUUGGAAGGUGAACCAACUCUUUGGAUCUGGAUCUUCAACAUUAUCAUUUUCAUCUUCAUCGACCUCGGCAAGGUUAUCUUCAAGAAGAUUAUCAAAGACGAUGCUGGAGAGACCAUUGACAGCGAUGAACUCGUGCAAGUGGAUAAACCCAAGUCCGAGACCGUCAAACACGUGGAGAAGGGAUUGCGAAACAUUGCGCACCAACAGGCUUCCCGUCCCGUGUCCGAUAUGGGCCACUCGAUCGAGAUUACCGAGAAUGCAUCUGGUGCUUUUGCCAGCACGAUCAGCGCCUUUACUCGCUUGACUCACGAAGGUGUCAGCGAUGGCUUGAUCUACAGGCCUGCCGCGGGUGCGGCCCGUCCUUCCAUGGCCUCACAAUUCAACACACCCAGCAAGGCCUUCAACCUUCCUUAAAAAGGUUGUGGAUGAAUGACUUGCUUGUUUGUCUGAAUGCCCCUUCCAUUUCGCCCUUUUUGUUCCGUGAUUUCCCCCAUACCUUUCAUCCUAGUGUUUAUAAACCCAUUAGUAACGGAAAAAUGCACAUACACAAUACGUUUGUAUCUGUCUGUAGUGAAUGUUGGGCACAGCCAGACGAGGACAAGCGACUAGCUGAAACGAUCCGGCCACUUGCGGGACAACCGUUUCCAUCAAAUGACAAAAAGUUGAAGCACCACUUCAUCCGUGACUAUACUCGUACAGUAGAUUGAAGCCCUCUAACGUGAUCACUGCUACCGCACUGGCAAAAACAAAAGCUUGAAGAGGCAACAACGGUCUGUAUGAUUACGAUCUAUCAGUCAAUCC